ACAGGGACAAAAGAGUACAUAACAGUCAUUAAAAUAAAAAAGCCCAUGUACCAAUUUCCAGGGCAGGGGGCGAUCAAAAUCAAAGGCAAGUUGUUUUCGAUGGCAGAGCACAUGGAACAACAACAAGAACAAGAACCAGCCACAUCCACUUCAACAUCAUACAUAUUAUUUUUAAAAAUUAUGAGCAAAAGGGGAACAUGGGUAUGUCUCUUUGUUCUAGUCUAUGCAAUCCUUUUAUUUUCUACAUGGAAUUUACUUAAAUCCAUUCUAUCUUGGUAUAAACUUCAAGCUCAACCCUCUUCUGCUUCUUCUGUGUGGCCUGCUUUGUAUGCGUCAGUCCUUCUUGGGGCAGUUUUUGGGCUGAUUUCAAUGGCUGCAGCUCUGGCUGUGGCUGUACCUGCCACUUUGGUCAUAUGGAUCACUGUUGUGGUUCUUCUUGCUUUCUGUGGGAAGCCCAGGAGCAGUUUGGUGAUUGAAGGCAGGAAAAUCACGAGAGAAAUUGUUGGUUUUGUGUUUAAGAUUUUGUUGAAGGAAGGCAAUCUUGUGGCUGCUGUUUGUGCUGUUUUGGGAUACUUUACACUUUUCAGAAGGAAUCGUGGUGAUUGUGAUGUUGAGUGAAGGAAUUUGCGGUUUUUGUUUGUUGAUUUUGGGAUUUUGUGAGAUGGGUUUCCGGAAAUUUUGUUGUUAGAUUAGGUUUUGGUAAAGUUAACCCUACACUGCAUUUGAAGAGAUUAAGGGUGUUAAUCAUGGAUUAGAGAUGUAAAGCUCAUAAUUAAGGAGCUCAUGUAACAUGUAUAAUUAAUUGUUUUUUACUAA